AAUAGGAAACCGUUUGUAUAAUAUAUAUAAAUGUGUGUAAGUAUCAAAGACUGUAGCAGCACGUUGAACUAUAUACGUCAUUACGGCUGCGGUCAAGUUGUCGCUUCAAAUACUUCCAAGCACUCUUUUUCUCCUUUCUUUCGGCAAAGAUAGAAAGAGAAGAGAAAUACAAUUGGGAGCAUUUGUAGCGGCAGCUUGACCGCAACCUACGUUGUUUCAUUGUUUUUGGCGCUAGCUGACAUACGACAUAUGCAUAAAUAAGUAUCACUGAUGAAGAUGAAUCAAUUAAAGGAAAAAACAACACAUGUUGUUGUCCAAUUUAUGGUAGAUACGCAGUCAUCAUCUGGUAGCAAGAAGUCGAUAGACUUAGUUCCGCGUACAUGGCUAACACGAUGCACAAAUAAGUGGAUGUGUUACUUCCCAGAGAAAAAAGAUUGGCCCAAGGUCGACAGAUGGGCAAGAAUAUUAAAAAGUGUAGAAAAAGAUUGGAAGUUAUGGGAAGUGGUAAUACUAAAAGAAGCAGCUAAUUAUGAUCAGGGCAAACGUCGAUUGGAGAAAGCUUAUAUGAAUUUAACUGUAGAAACUAGUACUGCCGAAGACACUGAUAAAGAGGAAAAAGAUACUGGAAUUGUAAUUCUCGGAAAGGAUGAUUCACUAGCUGAACUGAAUAAUAUACCACUUCACGUUCCAGUAUUAAAAAGUAAUUAUUAAAUAUUUUAUUAAACAUGUAUAAAAUAUGAAUAUAAUAUAUGAAUGGUGCCCAUAAACACAAUAAUACUUUCUCUAAUAUUCUUAAACUUUCUUGUACAAAAUUAUAUUAAUCCGUAAUAUAAUCACCUUUAUCAAUUACAGUUCUCCACCUUUGUUGUGUGUUGUGAAUUUCUUAUUUAUAAAAAUAACUAGUUUUGAAGUAACAUUGUAGAAAUAUUUAGCUCUU